AUGUCCGCCAAGUUCGCCUUCGCCAAGUCCCUCAAGGAGGUGCGCUUCCUCUUCUGCCAGACCUCCGAGCAGAGCGCCGCCGUCCGAUCUUUCCUCACAAAACAAUACCCCGCCAUCAAGCAGGCCAACCCAAACACCCCGAUCCUCCUCCGCGAAGCCGCCGGCACAAUCCCCAAAGUCUACGCCCGAUUCGAUUUCGGCACUGAAAAGUCACAGUCUCUGGAAGGCCUGUCAGACAAGCAGAUCGAGGAUACGGUUUCAGGGCUGGUAACAAAGGCAUAA